UCUGGAGUCAAAUUUGGCGCCGCUCCCCUGCUGCCCUCUGCUGCCUGUCUGCCGCACACACCACCCAGGGAGGACGACGCAGCUGCCAUAUUGUGUAGCAGAAACCUCGGCGAUCAAGUAAAUUAAAAUGGGACGGAAGAAGAAGAAGCAGACGAAGCCCUGGUGCUGGUAUUGCAACCGUGAGUUUGAUGAUGAGAAGAUCUUAAUACAGCACCAAAAGGCAAAACACUUCAAAUGUCACAUAUGUCACAAGAAGCUUUACACUGGCCCAGGCUUAUCCAUCCAUUGCAUGCAGGUACACAAGGAAACCAUAGACAAAGUGCCCAAUGCCCUGCCCAAUCGUAACAACAUUGAAAUAGAAAUUUAUGGGAUGGAGGGCAUCCCUGAGGAGGACCUCAAGGAACAUGAGCGGCAGCGUGCUGGCAGGAUGGGCAGUAGCAACAGGCGGCAGGAAGAAGAGGACGAUGAAGACUCACAGUCAAGUCUGCCAGGCCAGUCCAAUCCUCCCCCCCCAGCAGUGCCUUCCCAGGGUCCUCCAGGACCCAUGGGACCAAUGAUGGGGCCAAAUGGCCCAAUGAUGCCAAUGAUGGGGCCUAUGGGGCCUAUGGGUCCUAUGCCUCCUUACAUGGGUGGACAUGGAAUGAUGGCUGGCCACAUGGGCCACUUAGGUCCCAUGCCCCCACCAGGAGCUCCCCCAGGAACCACACCUCCCAACACUCAGCCACCCAACAAACCACUCUUCCCUUCAGCUGUCCAGCAGCAAACAACGGCUGGCAACUCUCAGAUUGGCCCCAUUAAGCCAGCGUUCCCAGCAUACAGUCAAGCCAAUGGCCAGUCUACCCCCAACGCUCAGCCCUCCAAUACUCCCAGCGGACCACCUGACAAAGGAGAGACCAAAAAGCCAGCUCUCAUAACCACAGUGUCUGCAAAUUCUCGUAUCAUACAUCCAGAGGAGGAUAUUUCUCUGGUAUGUAUUGAACUCCCAACUCCACCAACCUUCCUCUUGGUGAUGCUUAGUUUUAAAUAGCUGAUUAAGUAGUAU